CUUGUUUGAAGGGAGGAGGGAGUAAUUUGGGUCCGUUAAAGUCUCUGCGCUCCGCCACCACUCCAUUUGUGACUGAUUUUGUAACUCAGCAUAAUCUUUGAAGCUGAACUCUAGUGAUAUAUAUAGGUUUAAGUGGAAGAAGAGGAGGAAGGGGGAUGUGGUACCUGUGCGUGUUUUAUCACAGAUUAUUGGACUUCCGAAAACCCGAGGUCGAAUCGUUGGCCGAGCUCUUUGGAGCAUUCAACUCCGAGCCGCGAAACAUCGAGUGGAGACUUCCUGAGCACUACCACCCGGAUUCCCCCUUCCAUUUCGUGUUCCUCCCCUCAGAAGAGAUUGCUCGGAAUGUCGCAAAUCGAAGCAUUCUUGUAAAGGGAAUGUAUGAACUUUGGGGAGAAGGUAGUAACUACGAGGAGUUGGAAGAUGCUAUAAAGAGUUACCCUGAUGAGCGGAAGUUACCAUACCUGACAAGUAAUACCACAUUCAAGAUUUCUGUUGACAGCUUUGGGAAAGCCAUCAGCUUUCAGGAACAAAAUGAUCGUAUUCGAGCACUCUCAUACAUUCCUUUCAAGGGACGGGUAAAUUUAAAAAAUCCAGACCACAAGUUCUGCCUAAUUGAAAAUGAUAACGAUGGGUCUAAUAAUGGACUCCCCCCGACUCUUCAUAGGAUGGUGUUUUUUGGUCGGGAGGUUGGUGCUGCUGAUAGGAAACUCUUGCCCACUUAUCAGUUGAAAAGUCGCAAUUAUCUGGGACCCACAGCCAUGGAUGCUGAGAUGGCAUUCCUGAUGGCCAACCAAGCCCAGGCAGAUCCUGGGAAACUAGUCUAUGAUCCAUUUGUUGGCACAGGAAGCAUUUUAGUUGCUGCUGCUCAUUAUAAGGCAAUGACAAUGGGUGCGGAUAUAGAUAUCCGAGUAGUGCGUGAUGGCCGAGGUCCAGAUUGCAAUGUUUGGAGCAAUUUCAUACAGUAUGGAUUGCAACAGCCCAUUUCUUUAAUAAGGGCGGACAACGGCCUUCCUCCUUGGCGCCUAGGUUUGCAAGAGAUAUUUGAUGCCAUAAUAUGUGACCCUCCGUAUGGAGUUCGGGCAGGGGGCCGAAAAUCGGGUGGAAGGAAGCUUCUUAAAGGAGUAAUCGGGCCAUACACUAUUCCCGAUGAAAAAAGAACAGAUCACAUACCUUCCACUGCCCCUUACAGCUUGGUGGAGUGUGUACACGACCUUCUUGACUUGGCUGCCCGAAUGCUGGUCAUUGGCGGGCGGUUGGUAUACUUCUACCCGUCCUUGAGAGAUGAUCCCUCGUGCAGCCCUGUCUUCCCGGAGCAUAUGUGUUUCAAACUGGUUGCUGUGUCGGAACAGAUACUAAGCUUUAGAUACAGCCGGAUACUACUGACAAUGGUGAAGAUUGGACCGUAUACUGAAGAAGUUGAAUUGACGGCGAGGAUGAAACAUCUGGAGUUCAAAGAGAACCAUGUGAAGUGGCUUGAAGAGGGCGGUCUUCAUUCUGCUGUUUUUUGCCCUGCUCAAGAUCUGACCAACGGGUCUGGGGACACAAAACGAAGUAAGGAUUCAAAGCCAAGGUACAGGGGUAAAUAUGUGUAGCGAAGUUAAUCUCCACGUUUGUUUAUGCGCUAGAGAGGAUGUGGGAGUUGAUGUAUUGCAAGUCGUAACUUGCUGACGGUAUCAAUGCUCUACUAUGGAAAAAAGUUAUGUUUCAUGCUCUAGUAAAUUGCUCUUGCUGCUGCUGCUGAGUAAAAUAGGCAUUCUCCUAUGUUUGUCCCAAGAGAAUACUACAGAGUAGAUCGAGUACAUUGCUGCUGCUUUACUAUGGAAAAAAGUAACUAUGUUUCAUUGUCCA